AUGCUUAGAUACAGCGGCAACGUCCAAACACUCCACCUUGUAACUACCAAGCCCUUUGGUUUUUUGACUCUUUUGAUUCAUUUACUAACGUUUAGGCUUUUUAUCCUCGCUGUCAUACUCAAUGCCUUGAACCUGUUCUCCCAGGUUUAUUUCACAAUCAUGUACAGUGAUCUGGAAUGUGACUACAUUAAUCCUAUCGAGCUCUGCAAAAAGCUCAACAACUACAUUGUUCCAGAAGCUGCCCUUCACGGCUUUCUUUCGGUUUUGUUCUUGAUCAACUGGUACCCAUAUUCAUUUAUACUGAACCUUCCAUUGCUGGCUUACAACAUUAAUAAGAUCGUUAAGAAAGAACACCUGUUAGAUGCCACAGAAAUUUUCCGUACUCUUUCUCGUCACAAAAAAGAGAGCUUCAUCAAGUUGGGUUUCCAUCUUCUGAUGUUCUUUUAUUACCUUUACCGCAUGAUCAUUGCGCUAAUUGCUGAAGACAGCUAA